AUGGCUGACUACGAGGAGGAGCUUUCCGAUUAUGACAACUACGACGACCAGGAGGAGGGCAUCACCCCCGAAGAUUGUUGGACCGUCAUUUCAUCCUUCUUCGAAUCCAAGGGUCUCGUAUCGCAGCAGACAGACUCUUUCGACGAGUUUACGCAAACGACCAUUCAGGAUCUCGUCAAUGAGUAUUCUGUCAUCUCCCUAGACCAGCCUAACCCUCCUUCGCCUCCUGGAGUGUCGAUCGCCUUGCGCCGAUAUGAGAUCAAGUUCGGAAGUGUCAUGGUCUCGCGACCGACCAUCAGCGAGACUGACGGAACCGUUACCUCGCUGCUACCUUACGAAUGCCGUGACCGAAACCUGACCUACGCGAGUCCCCUCUAUAUUAAGAUUACUAAGAAGGUGUCCGUGGCCGUCGAGAAGGAGGUUCCUCUGCACGAGAUGGACGAGGAUCAGCAGGCAGAGUACAAGCGAACUGGUGAAAACCCCACCAAGCUCAUCUGGGAGCUCGAAGAGAGUGGCGACGAUGAAGGAAAGGCCGACGACAGUUGGAAGGAUAUGGUCUUUGUCGGCAAGCUUCCUAUCAUGGUCAAGUCCAAGAUCUGCCACUUGAGCAGCGAGCACGAUGACAACCUCUUCCUUGUUAACGAGUGUCCAUACGACCAGGGUGGAUACUUUGUUAUCAACGGCAGUGAAAAGGUACUCAUUGCUCAGGAACGAUCUGCUGCCAACAUCGUCCAAGUCUUCAAGAAGGCCCAGCCCAGUCCUUACACAUACACUGCCGAGAUUCGAAGUGCGCUUGAGAAGGGUUCACGUCUGAUCUCGAGUAUGAUGCUGAAGCUCUAUGGCAAGGGAGACUCUGCACGAGGAGGUUUCGGUCAGACCAUUCACACCACCCUGCCAUUCGUCAAGGCAGAUCUUCCUGUUGCCAUCGUCUUCCGAGCUCUUGGUGUUGUUUCCGACGAGGAUAUUCUCAACCACAUCUGCUACGAUCGAACCGACAGUCAGAUGCUGGAGAUGUUGCGUCCCUGUAUCGAGGAGGCCUUCUGUGUUCAGGAUCGAGAGGUUGCGCUCGACUUUAUCGGAAAGCGUGGAAACCGUGACCAGGCUGGUCUCGGCCGUGAGAAGCGUGUGCGUGUCGCCAAGGACAUUCUCCAGAAGGAGACCCUGCCACACAUUUCCCAGUCGGAGGGUAGCGAGACCCGCAAGGCUUUCUUCCUAGGUUACAUGGUGCACAAGCUUCUGCAGUGUGCCCUGGGCCGUCGUGAGCCCGAUGAUCGUGAUCACUUUGGAAAGAAGCGCUUGGAUCUUGCUGGUCCUCUGCUGGCCAAGCUUUUCCGUGGUAUUGUCCGAAGGAUGAAUACGGAGCUUUCCAACUACCUCAAGCGAUGUGUUGAAGGCAACAGACACUUCAACUUGGCUGUCGGUAUCAAGCCCGGAACCCUGUCUAACGGUUUGAAGUACUCGCUGGCUACCGGAAACUGGGGAGACCAGAAGAAGGCUGCAAGCUCCACUGCUGGUGUCUCUCAGGUGUUGAACAGAUACACCUUUGCAUCCACUCUUUCACAUUUGCGACGAACCAACACCCCUAUUGGACGAGACGGAAAGCUCGCCAAGCCCCGUCAGCUACACAACACCCAUUGGGGUCUGGUCUGUCCAGCCGAGACGCCUGAGGGUCAGGCUUGUGGUCUGGUCAAGAACUUGUCCCUGAUGUGCUACGUCAGUGUCGGCUCUCCCUCUGAACCUCUGAUUGAGUUCAUGAUCAACCGAGGUAUGGAAGUCGUGGAAGAGUACGAGCCCCUGAGAUACCCGCAUGCUACCAAGAUCUUUGUCAAUGGUGUCUGGUGCGGUGUUCACUCAGACCCCAAGCAUCUCGUCAGCCAGGUUCUGGACACACGACGAAAGUCGUACCUGCAGUAUGAGGUGUCGCUUGUUCGUGACAUUCGAGAUCGAGAGUUCAAGGUCUUCUCCGACGCUGGCCGAGUCAUGAGGCCGGUCUUUACGGUUCAGCAGGAGGAUGACCACGAGUCUGGUAUUGCCAAGGGAGCCUUGGUUCUGACCAAGGACCUUGUCAACAAGCUUGCUAAGGAGCAGGCGGAGCCACCAGAGGACCCAUCAAUGAAGAUUGGAUGGGAGGGUCUGAUCCGAGCCGGAACCAUCGAGUACCUCGAUGCUGAGGAAGAGGAGACGGCUAUGAUUUGCAUGACUCCUGAGGAUCUUGAUCUCUAUCGCAUGCAAAAGGCUGGUUACGUCGUAGAUGACGAUAACACGGACGACCCCAACAGGAGAUUGAAGACCAAGACGAACCCCACAACUCACAUGUACACUCAUUGUGAGAUUCACCCCAGUAUGAUUCUUGGCAUUUGUGCCAGUAUCAUUCCCUUCCCCGAUCACAACCAGUCACCCCGUAACACCUACCAAUCUGCCAUGGGUAAACAGGCCAUGGGCUUCUUCCUGACAAACUACUCUCGCCGUAUGGAUACCAUGGCCAACAUUCUUUACUACCCGCAAAAACCUCUGGCGACAACACGAUCCAUGGAGUUCCUCAAGUUCCGUGAACUGCCAGCCGGUCAGAACGCCAUUGUCGCUAUCGCUUGCUACUCUGGUUACAACCAGGAAGAUUCCGUCAUUAUGAACCAGAGUAGUAUCGAUCGAGGCUUGUUCCGCAGUCUGUUCUUCAGAUCCUACUCUGACCAGGAGAAGAAGGUCGGUCUGAACUACACGGAAGUAUUCGAGAAGCCCUUCCAGCAGUCGACGCUUCGUAUGAAGCACGGUACCUACGACAAGCUGGACGAGGAUGGUAUCGUGGCUCCCGGUGUGCGCGUGUCAGGUGAAGAUAUCAUCAUCGGCAAGACUGCGCCGAUUGAUCAAGAGAACCAGGAUCUGGGUACCAGGACAACGGUGCACCAGCGCCGUGAUAUCUCCACGCCGCUGCGAAGUACCGAGAACGGUAUCGUCGAUUCGGUCAUUGUGACUGUCAAUGCCGACAACGUCAAGUACGUCAAGGUCCGUGUGAGGACGACCAAGAUUCCUCAGAUUGGUGACAAGUUUGCCUCUCGUCACGGACAGAAGGGUACCAUUGGUGUCACCUACCGACAGGAGGAUAUGCCCUUUACCAGGGAGGGUGUGACACCAGACAUUAUCAUUAACCCCCACGCCAUUCCGUCGCGAAUGACAAUUGCACAUUUGAUUGAAUGCCUCCUCAGUAAGGUGUCAACACUCGAAGGCAUGGAGGGUGAUGCAACACCUUUCACCGAUGUCACUGUCGACUCCGUUUCGGAGCUGCUUCGAAAGCACGGCUACCAGUCUCGAGGUUUCGAGAUCAUGUACAACGGUCAUACUGGACGCAAGCUUCGAGCGCAGGUGUUCUUCGGACCUACCUACUACCAGCGACUCCGUCACAUGGUGGACGACAAGAUCCACGCCCGAGCUCGUGGUCCCGUUCAGAUCAUGACUCGACAGCCCGUCGAAGGUCGUGCCCGAGAUGGUGGUCUGCGAUUCGGAGAAAUGGAACGUGAUUGUAUGAUUGCCCACGGAGCAGCCGCUUUCCUGAAGGAGCGUCUGUUUGAAGUUUCGGAUGCCUUCAGAGUCCACGUCUGCGAGGUUUGUGGACUCAUGACACCGAUUGCCAACCUUUCCAAGCAGUCGUUCGAAUGCCGACCUUGCAAGAACAAGACCAAGAUUGCGCAGAUCCAUAUUCCUUACGCUGCCAAACUGCUCUUCCAGGAGCUGCAGUCUAUGAACAUCGCGGCAAGAAUGUUUACCAGCCGCUCCGGAGUUUCAAUUCGUUAA